GGCUCUGUUGCCAGGGCCACCUUCGAAUAUGAUUGCCAGGACGAUGAACAGCAUGCAGCAGGAUCCUGGUGAGAGAAGAGGGUCAUGUCAGAAUCGGGCUGCCCCUCUCUACGACUCUACAGAGGACCUCUGCUGCAUCACCACCACCUUCCAGUACCUGCAAAACUCAGGUACGCCAACUAGUAUUUAACACACCAUUUUUAAUCCAUGCCCCCCACCCCCAUUGUGUGUGAUGUCAGUGUGUGUGUGUGUGUAUAUAUAUGUCAGUGUGUGUGUGUGUGUCAGUGUUAAAGUCUGUGUGGCUGCUGUAAGAUGAUAUCGAACACAGUAGUAAUGUGUAGUAACGUGUGGGUCUGUUUCUGGCUCCAGGCUGGUAUUGGGGCUCCAUUUCGGCCAGUGAGGCUCGAGACGCUCUCCUGAAGAUGUCAGUGGGAACCUUCCUGGUACGCGACAGCAGCCACCCCCUCUACAUGCUGACCCUGUCAGUGAAGACAGCCGUUGGCCCCACCAAUGUACGCAUAGAGUACAGCGGGGGUCACUUCCGGCUCGACUCCAGCUCCCCAGGCCCCCCUCACUUGCUGUCCUUCCCUGAUGUCUGCAGCCUGGUACAGCAUUAUGUGGAGGACCCUCCUCAACCUAAAGCCAAACCCAGCCCACCCCAGCCCGCAGUGAAGGACAAUGCAGUACUGCUCAAACUGCUGCGUCCCCUGCCGCAGGCCUUCCCCUCCCUCCAGCACCUUACCCGACUCACCAUCAACCACCACACUGACUGUCCUAACCAGCUGCCCCUGCCAUGCUCACUAGUGCGCUACCUUCAGGACUACCCCUUC